ACCGUGACGACGAUGAAUAGUUAGUGCCACUGAUUUUGGUAGUAUUCUAUUCUAUAACAGAAGUUGGAAAAACAACGAAGUUGUAAAUGAGCACAUUUUCCCAGAUCUAUCAUCGAACUUGGUGGAACUCACGACACGCUACUCGUGGGGCACGCUGUCUGCCCCGGCGUUCGUAUAUGUCAUACGUCCGAUAAAAUGUCCUCGAAAGAGAAGAAGACGCAGUCGCUGAAGUUUGGAUUCCGACUCCCGAAAGAGAGCCGCAAAAAAUCAAAGAAGAGCAAGUAUAAAACAAUUGACCGGGCUGGUGAGGAUGAGGCUUCAGCAAGCUCAACAACCGAUAGAACUGUAGUAUAUACAGAGUCUGUGACACAUGUAGAUGAUAGAGAAGAUACUGCCAGUGAAUACAGCCAAACAAGCUCUAUAUAUCAAUCAGGCCUGUCAAGAUCCGAAAAUCUGGUGGUCCGAGGUGAGAAAGUGCUUGGACAAAUUGAAUCGGUUACUAGGGAUUUGGACAACAUUGAAGCACAGAUUAAGGACGUCGAUGGUAAAGCAUCUAAACUGAAAGCUGCUGAAGUCAACAGACUUAUAAUCAUCAUAGAGACGAACCUUAAGACUUGUGACAAGAAUAUACAUACACUGUACAAGAAUGUCCACCAGUUGCAUGAGGACGGGUACCAGAGUUGGGAGAGGCUUCAGCAAAGGAUCGAGGAGCUACAGAGAAGAAGCACAAUUCUUAGCACCUUUGAAAUCAAGAGCUCAACUGCAAAAGACUCCACACUUAUCAAGACUCAAGGAGAAGGGAUGAGCAUCUCAAAAAAGAAGGAGGAACGCAAAGAAGAGCGUGUCAUCAUUAGAGAUGAGAUUUACAUCUUCCUAUCAGACUGCCUCACUUGGGUUCAACAAUUGAAGUCCACAAUGAGCAAGAUGUCAUUUGGCAGUGAUGUCUCCAGUAUUAAAGAUCUCCACCACAAGGUGUCCAUGGAGCUGGAGAACAUCCGCCAGUACAGAGCUAACCUAGAUCAGUGCCAGAGGGACCGCAACAAAUACUCGGGUGAAGAACUCCGAAAGUAUAACAAGCUACUUCACCAGUUUGAAACAGAGUACCAGAAGCUUUUGGAUGCCACUCUGCAACGAUUGCAUCUCUUGGAAGUACUCCUUGAAUUCUCACAGGAUGCAACUCGAGAAUUAUCUUGGCUGGAUACUCUAGGGGAUGUGGAAGCACAGUGGGAGAACACACAUCCUACCAUCAAAGAGAUGGAAGAUCACAUCUUGAACCUGUCAGGUGAUAUAGAGAGACACAGAGAUGAGUUUCAACAGGUGAUUCUAAGAGGAGAGACAAUGAUAAACCAGGACCAUCCAGGUUCUGAGUGUAUCAAGAAAUACCUAAAUGCAAUGAAAAGUCAGUGGGCAUGGCUGAUAGACUUCAAAGCAUCUGUUGAAAAACACCUGAGUACUACCCGCGGUAACCAGGAUGUUAUGGAAAAAACCUAUCAAGAUGAGAUUACUAUAUCUAUUGAACUGUUGACCUGGAUGUCAAACGCAGAGCACAAGUUAGGCUCUAUGCAGCCGCAGAGUGAACAGUCAAAACUUCUCAUAUCACAGCUACAGGAGGUUAAGGGUGUACAUGCUGAUGUCCAGAGCCACCAGAGAGCAAUCAGAGAUUGCGCAGACAGUCUCCAGCUCUUUGUCAACAUGAACAGUGCUUUCCUUACUCCUGAGCAGAUCAGCACACUCAACGAUUAUGUGUCUCGUCUCAUCGAUGGCUUCGAUCGUCUGCUAAAUCAGACUAAAGUGCGCUUGAAGCACCUAACGGGUGCGUUAGAUUCACUGAAAGCGUUUGAGCAUGAAUUGUCUGCAUUUGAGGUUUGGUUUGAAAAGGCUGUGUCGGAUAUUGGUGCAUUGGAUCAGAGCAUAAACCACGAGAAGGAUGUUGAGAAGCUGACUGUCAGUUUGGACGGGAUAUCAAAGGAUGUUGGGGCACAAAAGGCAAGAUUGAGUGCUAUCAGUGAAGUUGGCAACAGCUACAUUGCAAGCUCCAAGGAAUACAAGCACAUUCUGCGAGAUUUUCGUGACUUAGCCCUUUCUCGCCAGUUUAAUCGCUCGUACGUUGAACCAUCUGAUCCAACAUACAUACGAGACCGUCUAAAUCGGAUAGUUGCAGAUUUCAACCAGCUUCAGACAGCUUGCGCUGAAACGCAGGAACAUCUAAAAAAAAUUGUGGAAAAACAUAAAUCAUUCAGAAGCUCACUGAACAUUCUUAACUCAUGGCUCCAGCAAGCGGAGAAUGAGAUGGCUCGAUUAAACCGAGAGCCUACAACAACAGACAGGAACACCGUACAACAACAAAUAGAAAACUGCAAGAUUUUUAAUACUGAUGUAACUAAUCAUGCCAGAGAUAUUGAUCAACUAAAGGAUGAUGGGAAAUCUCUUGUGCACUCUCAUCAGGUCAUGAAACUGGAAGUGGACAGAACUCUGGAUGAUGUUGUCCAGCGUUACGAUGAAUUAGACGUAAGCGUUCGUGAACGGAUUCAAAGACUGCGAAUGGGGCUGGACAAGAAUCAACAUUUAGAUGAUCUCAUUCGAUGGCUGGAAGAUAAAGAGAAGCGUGAAUUUGAGAUGGAGAAAGGAACGAUCAUCAUGGUUAAGAGGAAACCUCUUUCCGAGAGGCUGCAAGAAUACAGGGUAUUUGAGAAGGAGAUUAGUGACUACCAAGAUGUGAUAGAGUCAGUUUUAAGUUCCACUUCAGAACUCAUCAACUCCGCUAAACCGGAAGAACGUAUCAUCUACCAAUCCAAACUGGACGACUUUCGACGGCGUCACAACAAUUUGAUCACCAAUUUAAGAAAGCAUGGAGAGGUACUGCAGAUGUUCUCCAGCAAACUGGUUGAUCUUGAGUUGGAAGUUGAGAAAUUUGAAGGUUGGCUGCUGCCAUUACUGCAAGAACUUGAAUCAACAGAUAUUGCUGAACUAGAUAUAAUAGGCAUGGAUUCUAAAUUACAGGCAGCUGCUCAAGACAUCAAUCGUCAACAGCUUCAGUACCAGAAGAUCCUGAGUCUUGCACGAGAACUCUUUGAUCAUCCACGGGCAAAUAAUACAUCGCAACUCUCAGCCAUGAUGAUGAACUUCAAACACAACUGGGCCUCCUUAGAGGCUGCUCUUGCUACCAGACGUGGUCAGUUUGAUCAACGGAAGCUAACUGAGAAGCGGUAUGAGAACAUGGCAUCGGAAGUGCAGUCUUGGCUGGACAGGAUGCAGGAGAAGCUUGAUGGCAUAACAUUGAAGACAAGAGAUGAACAUAAUGUCGACAUGCAGCUUCAACAACUAAAGCUUACUCAGAAAGAAAUUUCAGACAAUGAGAAAUUGAUCGAAGACAUCAACAAAUUAGGCUCAACAUUGAACAAUCUCCUCCGGGAACACCAAGUCAGCAUAGCAACACGUGUUCAUCAGAAGUCAAUCGAAGUUGAAGAUGGCCUGCAAUCUGAUUGGUCACUCACUAGAAGUACAACCUCUCUUGAUGGAUCAAGGGAAAUUGGGGAAACUAAGUUUGACAAAGAGCUUGCAUUGAUAAAUCGACGCUACGAUGCCCUCAAGAAAACCAUAUUGGGUUUGAUUGAAGACCUUGCAUUGAUACGUCUCUGGCUCACCAGUCGGGAUUCUGUGAACAGCAUGAAAGUGACCGUGGAAAACCUUCUCACUCAGCUGACGGAGAAGAAACCGAAUAGCAAAGAUUUACAAGAACUGUCAGGGGAAAUAGGUGCUUUCUUGAUUGUGAGUAAAGAGGUUGAUGAGCUAGGCCCUUCUGUAGUCGAUGUAAUCAACUCUGGUGAAGCUUUCCUUCGUGAGCACCAUGAUACACUCAGCUCUGAUUGCUACACCGGACUUCAGCAUUAUAUUAGUGAACUUCGAACUCUCUAUGAAAAACUGAAAAAGAAUGCUGCUGAUUGGUUGAAAAAUUCACAUGAUGUACUUGAUGAGCUGGAACAAAACCAACAAGAUUCUGCCAUGCUGAGUGAGCAGUAUCAUAAUGCAGUCUUGUUUCUGCAAGACCUCUUGGAUUGGGUUAGAAAAGCAGAGAACAACCUGGCAACACAAGAUUCAAUGGGAAAUUCACUGACAGCCCUUAUGAAGCAGUUGACACACCACAGGGAAAUCCAAAAUGAUAUCCAAGAUCACCAGAAUCCUGUAAUCAAGGCAAUUCAGGAUGCUCAAAACAUGAUACAGAAGUACCGGUUAAGACUCAGUAAAGAUGAACUUGACAACCUCACAGACCUCAACUCCGAGUUAAGCCAUCGGUUUAACCAUGUCAAUGGAGAGUCUAGCAUGCGUUUGACCCAACUCCAGAUUGCCUCCCAAGAUCUACCAAAGUUUGAUGAAGAAAUUACAGACUUUGGGCAGUGGUUGGCCACAGCUGAGCACACUCUAGAAAGGUCAUUGAAAUCAGUAAACAGAGACCUUCCCACAAUGCAACAUCAACAUGCACAGCACAAGGAUUUCAAUGAUGACAUACUAACCCACUCCGCUGACUUGAAGUUUAUCAUCAAAGCAGGCGAGAAAAUGCUAGAAAUGUCAAAGGGUUAUGAAGCAUCCCUGGCAACUUUCCGAGAAAGCAUCAGCAAUUUUCAGUUUGUGUCUCAUCCAGAACCGAAUACGAUAUCAGAUCGUUUGACUAGUGUAACGAGGCGUUACGACCUGCUGAAGACAAGAAGCAGUGAGCACUUAAGUCUAUUAAACCAGGUUAUCUCACUGCAACAGUUAUUUGAAGACCACUGUGUUAAAUUUUAUCGCUGGCUAAAAGAGACCGAGGCUGCCCUGAACAAAGUGUCAUCAAGUGAUGCAGCAAAUAUUCAACAACAAAUCAAUAAACUACAGUUGAUCCAAGAUGAUGUUGUGGCACAUCUGCAAGAUAUUGAUCAAUGCAAAGAGUAUUGUCGGGAACUUGGUGAUGCUGAACCUGAAUUGGAGCCAGCUGCCAGAAAGAGCACCGACGAGAUGGUGAGGCGAUACAAUGCUCUCGAUGCCAACAUCAAAUCACGCAGUUCACAGCUGCAUGAGGGUCUUGUGCAGUCACAGAGCUUCCAGGAAAGCUGUGAUGACCUCCUGCAAUGGUUGGAUCUCACCGAAGCGAAGCUCUACAAGAUGGAGAAGGGAACACUACUGAUAAUCAAACGAGCUCCUCUCAUUGAAAACCUCCAAGAAGUUAAGGCAAUAGAAGGUGAUAUUGAGAGUCACAGGUCAAGUAUUCGAACAUUCAAUGAUAUGGCUGACAAGGUAAUUAAAAGCAGUGAACCCCGCAUUGCCAAGGCAAUACAGACCAAGAUCUCUUCUGUUAAUUCCCGCUUUGAUCAGUUGACAGAAUCAGUCAGACGCCAUAGCCGGAUCGUUGAAGACUUCAUUACGAGGCUGGAAGAAUUUGAGAAAGCUGUUGACCAAUUAGAAGACUGGUUACUUCCUGUCUGUGAUGAAUUGGACUCGAAAGAGAUGUUCAACCUUGACCUCAGUCAAAUAGAGAAAAAUGUUAAAAAUUGGGUUCAGGAACAGUCAGUUUAUCAAAAUCAAUUGAAGCGAAUUCACUCUAUGGGAGAGCGUCUUGUGCAGGAUCCUAAAGCUAGUGAUGCUUCUUAUGUGGCUUCUGUCCUCACCAGUGUCAGCAACAACUGGAGAGCUCUUGAAGAUCUUCUUCAAAGGAGGAGUAAGCAAAUUGAUGCGAGAAUUAGAGCAAGUAGGAAGUAUAACUAUGCUUACAAGGAGGUAGGCCAUUGGUUGGAUAGCUCAGAGUAUAAGGUGAAGCAGUUGAUUCCUGCACCAAGAGACCUGCCUACUCUACAUAACCAAAUACAAGUUACCAAGAAAUUAUUGACUGAGAUUAAUAACUACAAGCCAACGAUAACAGACUACAGUCGUUAUGGGCAGAUACUAGAUAGAUUGACGCAAGAGGAAGAAGUAGUGUUGCACAGCCGCCCUCAUUUUAGGUCACUUCAAAUCGGUACUACCAAUGCUGCACUGUCAUGGAAACAGAAGUCUUCUGGAAAUGAUGAAACAAAACUCAUAGCUGAAGUUGAUUCAGCCAUUCAAAAACAAGUGGGAAUUGUUGAACAGCGUUAUGCUGCCCUCAUCAGCCAUUUGAAUGACCAUGAUGCUUUGCUGCACAUCAUUGAAAUGUACCUAGAGAGGAAAUUGAAUCUUACUGAUUUACUCAACUGGGUGUCAGACAUUGAUUCAAGGGUAAACCUAUCAGCACCAAGUAGUCUUGACUUGAACAUGUUACAUAAGGAGUUUGAAUCGUACAAGGGUAUCCAUGGUGAUGUGGAAGCCAAGAAGGCAGCUAUUUUAGAUUCAGUUCACGGUGCUGAACAGUUUCUCUCUGACAAACGGCAUCAAUUGACCUCAGAACAAAUUGAUGACCUCCAGAAGCUUAUCGCAGAUCUUCGACAUCAGUAUGAUCUUUUGAGUCGGAGAUCAGGUGACAUUUACAAGAAGACAGAAGACACCCUCAGCAGUCUUCGUCUAAAUCACGAUGAAAGGAUAAGAUUGCAGGAGCAGUAUGAUUCUCUAAAUCAGAAAGUCAGAGAUAUACUGGACUGGAUUACACAUGCUGAAAACCAGUUAGCCUCUGGACAGCCACUAGCAGAGCAAUUGAGACCAUUGUCAGACCAGCUCAGUCAACAUAAGACGUUGAAUGAAUCGAUAAAAGAGCAUCAAGAAGAAGUGUUGGAAGUUUGUCAAGUAGUGCAACACUUUCUAAAGCUUCCACUAGACAGCUUCAAUAUCAAAGACAUUGAGAACCUGCAGAAAGAUGCCACCAGUUUGAGAUCCCGGUACAAUAAUCUCAACAGCCAUUCAAAUUCACGCCUGACCAAACUCCAGCAAGCUCUUCAUGACUUGGAGAAGGUUGUGGCAGAGAUGGAAGAAUUUGAGUCCUGGAUGUCUCAAGCAACAGGAAUUCUUGAGAGGUCUGUUACGAAUAUAGGAGUUGAUAGUGAUCAAGUUAGACACCAGUGUGAAAAACAGAAAGAGUUUGCAGAAGAUGUUUUCAGUCAAGCUGCUAACUUGAAGUUUAUCACACUUGCUGGAUCAAACUUUGUAGCAUUUUCAAAGGAAUACCUUGAAGCUUUGGCCGAGUUCCGUGAUUGCACCCCGAUUCGUCAGUUUUCCUUGUCAUCCAGCCAUAUACCAGAUAGCAACAUAAUAUCUGACAGACUAAGUGACCUCAACAACCGAUACAAACAACUGAAAGGAGAGUGUCAAGACCACACAAUGUUGAUCACAAAAAUCUCUGACAGAAUGGAAAAGUAUCAAUCUUCAUCCGAAUUCAUGCUAGAAUGGCUGGAUGAGAUGACAGAGCUUGUCAAGAAGCUGGUGAAAGAAGAUGUCUCUGGAGAACCAAGUCAUCUUCAGGAACAGAUUGACAGAGUCAAAGAUGCCAAUGACACUAUUCUACUGCAUGGCAGGGAAGUCAACAGACUGAAAGAAUCUGGAAGAGACCUCUGUGAUGUUCAUGAUGAUGUUAAAAAAAGUGUACAGACACAUUUAGAUAAUGUCAGUAAGAGGUACAAGGAACUGUUGACCCAGUUAUCCGAGUACAAGAUGAAACUCACCAGUAGCCUUAGUGGCAAUAUAGGCCUCCGUGAGCGACUGGAGAACCUUCUAAGACAGAUACUGGAUGCAGAGCAUAUUUUUGCCAGACUUGGGCAGAUUCCUAUCAUCUUGAAAAAGGAACCACUUACAAAUAUCUUGCAAGAAUAUGUGAAUUUGAAGAACCAAUUAGAAACUCUUCAGUCUGUGGUGAGCAACAUUAACCGUGAUGUGACCAGUGUUGUUCAGAGUGGAAAGUCAAGUACCCUUCAUAAUAUCCAAGCAAAGCUGGAUGACAUGAACUCCCGUUACAGUCGUCUGUUAAGUCCUAUAGUGGAUAAAUGCAAGUUUGUUCAGGCUUUACUGGAAAAGGUGAACCUUUUGCAGAGGGAAGCUGAUGAAGUUGAAGACUGGGUCCUGCCAGAGCUGGAGAUGUUGCAGUCAGCUGACAUUAACAGGAAGGAAUUAUCAGAACUUCAAAGCAUAUUGCAGAAAACAGCAAUAGGAUUGGACAGAUAUGCACCACAAUAUCAAAAGGUUGUGUCUAUUGCUGAUGAACUUUUAACAGAAAAAGAUGUUGCUGACUCAUCUAGUGUUGUUGAACUUCAAGAAAGUAUGCAUGAUAACUGGUCUGGGCUCAAAGAGACAUUGUCUUCUAGGAGAGUUCUGGUAGAGGAGAGAAUUGAAGCAAUGAGACUAUACAACUUGCUCCUGAAGGAGGUCAGUCCCUGGUUGGCAAGCAUGGAAAGAAAACAGGCUCAGCUUGGUAGUGUUGCCAUUGAAUUGAACGAUAUACAAGCACAGCUAAGCAUAGUCAAGCCAUUCAGAAAUGAGGUUGUUGAUUAUCAGGGUAAGAUAUCAAAGUUGAAUGCUGCUGGAGCGAAAGUGGAUGAGUUAAUGCACGAUGUGCCAUCAAUGAUGGGAAAAUCAUUCCGUCGAUCAUCCCUUCUCAUUACGUCGUUGCCUAUGUUUGAUAGGUUUGGAUCGCUAUUUGCAUUGAAAACAUCUGGCGAAACUGCAGGCUACUUGGAAGAGGAGUCUGAGGUACAGCUGCAGCUUUCCGACAUUAACAAGCGCUACAAAUCACUGAGUGUUGCCCUUGAGGACAGGGAGAAUGAACUCGAGUUGAACCUAGAGGCUGCCAGAGUACUUCACCCUGUUGACCAGUUCAUCAACUGGACAAUCAAAACACAGGCAAAGCUGUCCAGUCCAAAGCAACUGUCCUCAGAUAUCAGUAGUGCCCAUGCUGACUUAGAACAAUUACUGAGUCUACAUCAGGAGAUUCUUGGUCAGCAGUCUGCAGUCCAUCAGUCUUGUGACAGAGCGAACAAGUUGCUGCAUGACAACAGAGAACACUUCAACCAAGAGCAGUAUGAUGUUGUCAAUGAGAGGAGUGGUGAUCUUAAGACAAAGUACAAUGAAUUGUUGGUGGCAUUUAAUCAUAGCAAGAGAUCUAUGGAGGAGAACAUUUUGAAGCUUCGUAUCCUUGAAGACGAAAGGGUGUUGAUACAGGGGAGAUUGAAAGAAGCACAAAUGUCGCUCUCCCAGCUUGUUGAUUGGAUAUCUCAGAUGGAAAAGAAAUUAGGAACUCAGCAGCCAAUGGCAGAGCAGCUCCGACCUUUGAGAUCCCAGAUAGACCGCCACUCUGCCUUAAAUGGUGAGAUUGUUUCCAGAAGGCCAUCCAUUGUCCAGACCCUUGAGGAUGUUAACCUGUUGCUCCGCCAGUACGGAGACAAAAUUAGCCAUGAGGAUGUGUCACAGCUACGCAGUGAUAAUGAUAAUCUUAUGCAACGUUAUGAAGUGAUUGGUAGUCAGUCCUUAACUAGACUCAACCAUCUGACAGCAGGUCUUGAUGACCUACAGCGAUAUCAAGAGGAGUUUGACGACUUUCUGGAGUGGCUGAAGACGACAGAGGACUUUUUAGAAAAACUCCAGAGAGGAAUGGGUCGUGAUCUACAGAAUCUUCAAAGGCAGCUCCAAGAUAUGGAUAGUCUGAUGGAACAAAUUAGUGAUCGAAAAGGUGAUCUGAAGUUCCUAAAGAGAGCAAGCCAACGAUACUUUGAUAUUGCCAAGACUUUCCGGGACGCAUUAUCUGAAUAUCGCCGACUAAUCAGUACAGAGCAUAGUUUCAUGGAAAUAUCAGAGUCGCGGCAGAUUCAAGAUGAACUGUCUGAUGUCUACGAGAGAUACACAAGCUUGAAGAGUAGCUUCCAUCGUCAUAUAAAACUACUGAAAGAUAUAAUUAGCAAACAUCAGAAAUAUGCAGAGUCAUGUAAUGGUGUGUUGCCAUGGAUACAUGAUGCCUACAACAAUGUGUCUAGUUUUAUCAAAGAACCAUUAGAGACUGAGCCCGAAGGCCUUGCUAGGCAGAUGGACCAAGUCAAGACAUUAAUCCACGAUCUGGUUCUGCAUACAAAAGACAUUGAGACACUGAAGGAUUCUGGGAAAAAUUUAGCUUCCGCCCAGCCAGAAAUUAGAGACAAUGUUAUGAAAACUGUUGAUGAUGUAUCUGAAAGGUAUGCAUGGAUGGAAGCUCAACUUUCCUUACGCCGUGGUGAACUUGAAAGAAACCUUGGUCUUUCAAGGAGUGUCUUGGAUGAACUGGAUCGUCUGCUGGAAUGGCUUGAAGUGACAGAGAAGAAAGCAGCUAAAGUGGUUAACACUGCUGUUGUUGUUAAAAAGGAUCAUAUCUAUGACCUGGUGCAGCAGUUGAAAUUCUAUGAAACAGACAUAGAUAGUCACCGACCACCAUAUGAAAAAGUUAAAGAAUCCGGCCGACUUCAUAUUCAGAAAAGUGACCAUCAAGCAGCUCAGAAAGUCAGAGGGAAACUGGACUCACUAACAACACGGUUCACACGCCUAGAGGGCAAUGUUGCAAAUCAUUCAGAAUUCUUGCAAAAACUUUUGGUCAAGCUUGAUAACCUGUAUAGUGAUGUUGCUAAGUUUGAGGACUGGAUGGCACCUGUUAUUGGUGUUCUUGAGUCACAUGACCUAAAUCACAUGAGUCUAUUGGAUCUUGGAUUGAAGCUCAUGCAAAUUACUUGGUUACAGGAUGGAAUCAUCUAUGUGAUGGUUUAUAGCUAUUUAUCUGUUAGACCCCUAAAUCAGCAACUUGAAGAAAAGGAGGCUGCUUAUAAACGUUUCAAUGAAUCGGUUAAGCUGUGUUCUGAUUGGUUAGAUAGAAUGGAAGAGCGUGUAAGUCAUUUAGACCUAGUUGCUGUGGAUACAGAUAUUCUGAAGAAGCAACUAGAUCAGUUUAUGCCUCUUCACCGAGAACACAACAAUUUUUCAUCAGCGGUUGAUGAAAUGAGUCGAUUUGGCAAAGCAAUUGAAACGUUGAGUGAAGAACAGGAGCGAAUGGUUCGUUUAUCAGCCCAGUUCCGUAACCAGCAAACAGAAAUGAGAACAGUUGGAGGCUUUGCUGAAAGUGGAGGAAGGAGACGACGACCUUCCAUUGGCUCUGAACUAGAAUUUAGUGCAUUUGUACAGGAUGAAGGUUUAUCUGAUAUACAACGGCAGAUCCUAGAUAUUCAGGAUCGAUACCAACUACUUGGAGAGAAGCUUACUGACCGCAAGUAUGAGAUCACCACUACUCAGAAGACUGUCCAGCAGUACCAGAUGGAACUCAGUGAGUUCAUCAACUGGAUGAAGAAGACAGCUCAAUUAUUGAAGGAUGAAGUGGUAACCGUAGCAACUGUGGAACAGGCUCAAAAAGCAUUGGAUAAGCAUGAGGCCCUUCAGAAAGAUGUCAAUGACCAUUACAAGUACAUGCAAUCUAUCAUUGAACUUGCUCAAGAACUGACACCAAAAAAGAACGAGCAUCCUGCCGGAUAUGACAAAAUCAACUCUCAGAUGAAAAAUAUGGAGGAACAGUGGAAUGAAUUGCAAAAGAGCCUCAAGCUCCAAGGAACUGACAUCCAUGGAAUCAUUGAAGCUCUUCAUCACUUUGAAGAUAGCUGGAGGCAGUUGAAGCUCUGGCUGGAGGAAACGGAAAUGAUCAUGACAGUCCUUGGACCAAUUGGAAUUGCUCCAGACAUUUUGAAAAACCAGAGACAUCAGACUAAGGUAUACCAGAAACAUUUCCCUUCUCAUGAGUAUCUCCUGGACAAUCUAAAGAAGAGUAGCCAAGCAUUGAUUAGUCGGUUUGCAUCUCGUUCUCGUACAUCAUCUCCAAUGCAGGAAAAGGUCAACGACAUCACACGACUUUGGACUGACCUUUACCACCGGCUUGAGGAUCGCCAUGAUAACAUCAAUGGUGUGCUGCAAAACAGCGAGAAAUUUCAUGGUUCUCUCAAAGAUUUCUCAGAUUGGUUGAAUCAAUUUGGAAAUGUUGUAAAAUCCCUUGCACCGAUUGGUGGGAGUAAUGAGGUCAUUAAAAAGCAGAUGGAAGAGACUAUAGCUCUUCAAAGGGAUGCAGCCCACAUGAACCCUCAAAUCCUGGCUCUGUUUACAAGUCAGAGUCAACUGCUGGACUUGAAUCCUGAAGCAACAUCUAAAGUGGAACUAAGCCUGAAGAUGGACAGUGUGCAGAUUCCAUUUGAAGAGUACAAACGACGACUUGAUGAGCGGUUUGCAAGGCUGGAAAGUGCCCUCUCUGAGGCUGGUCAUCUUGAUGAUUCCAUAGCCACAAUGAUUAAAUGGUUGGAAUCGAAAGAGCACUAUUUCUCGGUAGCCAAGCCCAUCUCAGCCAUUCAGGAUAAUCUUAGGUCACAGAUCGCAAAUCAUCAGGAGUUAUCCAAGGAACUUGUGAAACAGGCAUACAGCUAUGAUAGACUGAUGGACCAAAUCGAAUCACAAAUCAACAAGUUGAAGUAUGGCGCGGAGCACGACAAACUAACUGCUUUGCAUGAUGACUUGAAGCGACGCUGGGAAGGGGUGAACCAUAAGGCCAGCGAGAUAGACCUCAGGUUGAAGGAUUGCGACAGAAGCUGUCAGGCCUUUCUUAUGGAUAACUACCGUUUUGCACAGUGGUUGAGGAGUGCUGAAGACAGACAGGUCGAUGUUGGAGCUCUAGUGCUUAGGGUGGAUGUCAUUAGAAGACAGCAAGACAUCUUAAAGCAAAUAGAAGCAGACAUUGCAAGUCACAACAAUGACUUUGAAAGCACCAAUGCAAGUGCCAACAAUUUGUUAGAAGUUUCAGAUGUCGAUCAGCAGUACAUCAAGGACGAUCUGGUUGACAUGACUACACGCUGGAAAGACAUGAAACAAGAUGUUUUUGAGCUGAUGCAGCUAUUUAACAACUUGUCGAGUACACUGAAGGACUUUGAAGACCGCUACGUUAAUGUGAUACAGGCCAUAGAGAGGUGGGAAUACAAACUGAGCUCACGUGCAAUUACUGGAAAAGAUAUCAAGCAUGUACAUGAAGACAUCAAAUCAUUAGGUGAUGAAGUUACAGCAAUCCAGCAUCUGAUGAACUCGCUCAUCUCAAAAGCGCCCUCACGUAUCGACAGUGCUGAUGUUAAAAAGAAUGUGGAGAUAAUGAAGAAACGCUAUGAUGCUCUCAAAGCAACGGUACUUGAACGGCAAAAACUUUUUGAGACUGGCAGACAUGAGAUGUCUUCAUUCCAGCAAAUACUGAAUGAAAUUCAUUCUAAGUUAGCAAGUCAUGAGGACGUGAUUGAUCAGCAUACUCGAGCCCAAGAUGUAACAACACUGCUGAAACAGAUCGAAGAAGUGAAACAGAUCUACAGCAGCCUAGAAGGUGUCAAAGGCUUACUAGACCAAGCAACUCGUACAUUUAGAGUCAUCUACGAUAAGGGUUUCCUGUCUGAUCCAGAGAGCUCACGAGAACAGCUUGACCUUUUGAGCAAACGCUUUUACCGACUGAAUGAGCAGAUCACAUUACGAUUAGAUGAUUCGCAAAAGAUCAUGGUAAAACAUGGACAGUUCCAAGAUGUGGCUGAACUGAUUUUAGAAAAGUUGAGGGCAGCAGAGCAUCAGCUACAAAGUCAGAAACCUGUUGGAAAUGACCUGGAAGUGCUUAAAAGCCAGCAACAUGAGAUUCAGGUGUUCAUCAAGAGCUAUGUUGAUCCACUUGUUGAGAGGAUUAAAGACCUGAAUCAUUUGGGACAAAGUUUGCUUGCCCUGUGUGUAGCAGCUAAGGUCAAUAGCCAAACACUGCAAGUCCAAAUGAAAACCAUUACAGACAGAUGGAAGAUUCUCAAUUCAAAGCUCUCCGAGCGUGAAGUAAUGCUAAAUGAAGGAUUAUUGCGAUGUGGAAAAUUCCAAGAUGCUUAUCAGUCCAUCUUUAAUUGGAUCAAGGAUACUGAGCAGCUUGUAUCUGCCCAGAAGAACCCUCCAUCAGACCAUCGUGUCAUCAAGGCACAUCUUCAGGAACAAUUACUGCUUGAUCGCUUGAUCACGGACCGUAAGGCUAGUGUCCAAGCUUUGCGAACAAUGGGUGAACAAUUAGCCAAUAUAUCGGAACCAUCCGAUCGUGUCCAAAUAAGCCGUAAACUGGAUGAGUUGGAAAAACGAUGGACUGCACUACAGGAAGUCGUUCAGACCAGAAGGAGCAACUUAGAAGUGCUGGAGCUAUCGACGAGAGGGCAAGUCCAUGAACGAGAAGUUGAGACUAUUGAGAGACGUGUUGGCCAAAACUCCACAACUAUAGAAAGAAACUCAAUGGUAGGACAAUCAAGUCGCUUUACUUCAGAAAAUGGUAUUCGUGAUACACCGCGAUACAGCAGGCUGGAUGGAUCAUUGAGGAGAGUUGAUCUGGACAGUCGAAGUGAACAAAGCCAGCAACAGUUUGGAAGAUUUUCAAGACGGGAUGUGGAACAACAAAAUGGCCGAUGAAGUACGAAAUCUGAGUCAAGAGACUGGAGUAGGAAUUACUGAGGAUCUUGAAAAUUUAGUUUAGAUCUUGAAACUUUUUUAUAUAAUUUAUUAUUUUAUAUUUGGUGUAAAUUUAUUUUUUUAAUAGUAUAAUCAAAAGUGAGGUUAGAUAAUAAAUUCAAUUAUGUGUCAGUGGUUGCGAUUUCUGUCUUUUACCCCAGUAGUUGGGUUUCUAUUAGCAGUAUGGAAUAUUCCAAUAGUAUUUAAUUAUUAUAAUUUGUUCGUUUAUCGGGUUGUUUAAGUGCCUAGAGCUUAUUGUAAUAUUCGUAUAUAAGACCAAUGUACUUUAUUUUUAUAUUACAGGUCUCCCUCCAAUUAGAGACCACUUUUGGGACCAGGCUUUCCAUGAUUCUAACAGCUUUGGUCUCUAAUUAGAAUAAUAAAGAUAAAAGACAUUUUGUUAAUAUGGGACCACAGAAAAGUGGAGGUGGUCUUUAAUUGGAGGGGUCUUUAAUUAGGAGGUGACCUGCAUUGUUUUAUCAAUUUUAUCGAUCAAAAAAUGUAUUUUAUUAAUUACUUGAGGUUACUAACAUUACUAAUGCAAAUAUAAUUAUAAUAAUUAAUGUCUGUUUCGUAAAUACAGUACAUAAAUUAAUGAAACAAUGUGCCAAUUUCAAUUUAGUAACUUACCUCGAAAAUAAUGGAAUCGUCCGACCCAGGCAUAUACUGAUAUGCAACAAUGCUACUAAUGCAAAUAUAAUAUAAUUAAUUGCUUUUUACAUCUCAUAUUUAUAGAGCCAUACUAUUUACCAAAUAUUUACACAGACGUAUAUUGAUAAUUACGUGUCCCUAGAGUGAUUCUACUAAGUUUAAAAUAUCUUACCAUCAAAUAGAUGGUUAAUAAUUAUCUAGACAAAUCAAUAUAAUAUUUGUAUGCACAUAAUUAUCAACAUAACCACAAUUUGAGGUUGUAAUGUUCGUUGUAGCCAGUGCUUGUAUCUAAACUAAUAAAAAUUAAUCGUAGUCUCGAAAGCUCCGAUGAGGGCAGAAUAAUAGAGGUAGUAGAGUAUAUUGGCCCUAACGGCCGCCCAUACAAAAAAGAUCUAUUAAUCAAUCAGCCGAAUGAUUCUGGGGCCCUAACGGCCGCGCAUACACAAAUUAUCUAUCAAUAAAUCAGCAGGGUACUCAUAAGCUCCUCAUCGGAGCUAAAAAUUGUUACACAGGAUGUUACACCACUAUUGAAGGCAAGGCCACAAAUGCCAAAAUUAUACAUGUUCUAUAACGUAUUGUAUGUUAGUUAAUUGUCAUUAUAAUAUGAAUGAAAAAAAAUAUUAACAUUUACCAGUGCCAUUUAGAAAAUUUAUAUUUAUAUUUGAUUAUUGUGCGGGGUUAAUAUUAAAAUACGGGCACUAAUAUGGUUUCGGAUGCAAGGUAGUACAACAUAUAUUUCGUUUCAUUUGGAAGUUACGUCCAUUUUGUGAAUAAAUUACUUUAACUGGAUAAACUUAA